AUGUCUACCCUCAAAACCUUUUCUCUUUGCAUUGGGUUAGGUAAUGACCAUAAGUUACUAUCGUCAUUCUUCAUGUUACAACACUUAAAGCACCUAAAACUCCAAAACUGUGUGUUUCAACCUCCAUCCUCGUUUUAUGGAUUUAGUAGGCUGAAGAGCUUAUACUUUCACAAUGUCAGCAUAACUUCCAAAGUUCUUCUACGUUUUAUCUUCAACUGUCCUCUACUUAAGAGCUUCACUUUGAUUGAAGAUAAAAAACAUCUUACUGGGUGUUGGAAUUCUGACUUUGUUGAGUUAUUUACGUGUUUACCAAUGAUUGAGCAUCUCUGUAUGAAUUCUUCUCCGCUUAAGUGUUUUGCUUCAGGUGUCUUGCCAGAUAAGCUCCCAAUUGCACUUGUUAACCUCAGAGUUCUUAAUGUCUCCGGAUUGUGCUUUGCAAAAGAAGUUGACUUAUGUUGUGCUCUUCUUUUGGUAACAAGCUCCUCGAAUAUAGAGAAAAUUAAAAUGGAGAUGUGUUAUACAUCAGAAGUUGUGUCGCAAAGUGCCAUGAACCUUAUUGACUUGGUGGACUACUGUAACGUGACAUUGGAUAAUCUGCGUGAAUUAGAGAUGAGAAACAUGGGCAACAUGAAGCCAGAAAUGGAUUUUGUGAAGCUUAUAUUGGGCAACUCACCAAUGCUAAAGAAAGUGGGAAUAGUAAUUGACAAUCGGGUUGCUGUUAAUGCUGAAGUAAAGAUGUUAAGAGAGUUGCUUCAAUAUCAACGUGCUUCAACAAAUGCAAAAAUCAUAUUCGAACGUCAAUGA